AUGGAACCAAAGUACAUCCCUCCGGCCAACGCGCAACACCAAACCAGCGAAUGGGCCUAUUCGUUCUGGGACUGCUGCACACCAUUCAAAACAUGAUUGUGCGCUUCGUUCUGCUCGUGUUUCCUCUUCGGCAAAACCCAAGCCCGGCGCCGCGAUCCCAGCCUCAAUGAUUACGGCCGCUGCAAUGGCGAUUGUAUGGGAUGGUGCGCCCUCUCGUGCUGCGGGCUGCAAUGGGUUCUCCAAACACUCAAGCGCACCGAUAUGCGCGAACAGCUCGGCACCCAGGGCUCCGGAUUCGGUGACUGCUGCGCUUCUUACUGGUGUCCCUGUUGUGCUCUGAUGCAGGAAGAGAAAGAGAUGGUUCGGAAAUCCGAGAUUGUUACACACGCCGAAUAUCAACCCCCACAGGGGAUGAUGUACCCGCCUCAGCAGUAG